GUGCUUCGAUUGCUCGCUUUGCAGCUGCGUUGACUACAUUUCACGCCAUUUUGUUCGAUUUUCCUUACGAAAAACUAGUUAAAGCCAAACAUUGGAGGGAUUUCUUCCUCGAUCGAAAGAUGUCAGGGAAGACAGACAGAGGAACAUACAAAGUUUAUGUGGGUAACCUUGGUAACAAUGGCUCAAAGAAAGAGUUAGAAAGAGAGUUUGAGAGAUUUGGAAGACUCCAUGAUGUUUGGGUGGCCCGUAAUCCCCCCGGCUUUGCCUUUGUGGAGUUUGAAGAAUACCGUGAUGCAGAAGACGCUUGUAAAUCAUUAGAUGGUGCUCGCAUUUGUGGAGAAAGAGUUCGGGUAGAAAUGGCUCGGAACCGCAACCGAGGGGGUGGAGGAGGAGGUGGAGGAUCUCGUCGCUCUGACUACCGUGACGACCGUCAUGGUGGCGGUGGCCGACACUAUGAUGACAGGGGAGGCUCUGAUCGUUAUGAUGACAGGUCAAGGUCACCUUACAGGUCACCACCACGCAGAGGAAGAGGAAGGUCUCCUGAUGUAGACAGGUGGGGAGGAAGGGGAGGAAGGAGCAGGUCUCGCAGCCCAAGACGAUUCUAACUUUCUUGAAAGAUGGCGUCAUUGCAUACACCCUGGAUCAUGUUGAAGAUAAACUUCAUGUGUCGAAUUUGAUUUUUUUGUUUUGUUUUAGUUUUUAGAUAGCUUUAACUUCUUUUAGUGAACAUGAUGAGUUAAUUGUAAGAAUCUAGAAAUUUCAUGUACGAUUGAGUAGCUUUCCUCCUGGACAUCUUAGCUUCGUUUUUUAGGCCAAACUGUCACAAAAAUAACCAAGUUCAUGAAACGUUGUAAAUGUUGUUCCAGAAGUGCUCAUUAAUGAAACUGUUGUUUUAAUUGACUUGAUUGACCUUUUUCGUAACUAUGCUGUAGUCAGGAUUUAUUUAUUGCUGUUGGAUUGUUAAUAAAGUCAUUUUAAAAUAGCUA